AUGACAGUACCUCCCUUUAGACCCUACGGAGGUGAAGAUAUAAGAGUAGUUAGUGAUGUUUCAAGAUUUGACUAUGGAGAAACUGAUCAAAAGAUAAGAUCAAGAAAUACCACCCCUACAAGACCAGUUGAAGAUAUUGAUGAUACUGUAUCAUCAAGUAAAUUAACUUUAGAUACAAUAAUUCCCUUAUAUUCAACCAAGAUCAAUGAAGGAAAUAAAUACAGUCGAUUAAAACAACAAGAUGAUAAUACUAGCAGACAACAUGAUUCACCACCUAAGGAGGAAAUUACACCAGAACCAAUUUAUUUACCAAAAAGGGACAUGACCAAGACAAAGAAAGUACGAAAUAAAUAUUCAUUUGCUGUUCAAGUACCACAGGAUCAUUUGGGUUAUAUUAAGGAAACACAAAGUCAAUCCCCUGUAACGCCUACACCAGCACCGAUACCGUCUCCACCACCUGUCCCUCCACCAAAGGACAGGACCCCGAAAGGUAGCAUUGCAAGAGCAGGUACAACAUCUCCUUAUCCUACCAAUAAUGAUAGUAACUUACCUGCCAUGCCUCAGCCAUCCCUGACGUUUUCUCGACUGCAACCACAUUCACGUAGUGCUUCUGGAACAGGUGAUAGUGCAAGCAUUUUAACACCGCAACAACAAUUAGAAAGACAUUUGAUUAAACAAGUGAUGAAUCGUCCAGUUAUCAGUAUCAGAGGAGAAAGGUUUGGACCACAAUAUAAAGAUGAGCAUUUUUCAAUAAGUGCCAAUUUUGUGUUGUACAUAUUUGAAGUAUGUUGUAGUGUUGUUGAAAUUGUGUUGAGUUCUUUAUUAUUACAACACGAUUCUGAUAUUGCCGGAGGAUAUUAUCGAUAUUUAAUAGCCGAUGGGAUUAUUUCAUUAGUUAUUGCGUUAUUAUUUGCUUUACAGAUCAUUAAUUAUGAAGUUAGAAAUGGAAGUUUCUAUUGUUUGGUUGCCACCAUUUGUAAAUUUGCUGCAUUUAUUGUCGUUAUUACAACUGUUUUCCCUGAAAUAGAUUACAGAACUGAUGAUAUUUGGAGUAUGAGACGAGGUAUGGGUGCCAUUGUUAUUAUAUCUACAUUUUUAUGGGUAACAAAUAUGGUGAUGUUUGUUACAACAUUAUAUAUUUCAAGAUUGAACUUACUUGAAGAUUUGAAUUUUGAUUAUAGCAGAAAGGGAAUAAAUGAUGAAUUUAAUCAACUUCCUGCUGCCCCAAAACCGAGUGGUGCUAUUGAAGAUGGUGGUGCACCAGUAAGAAGAUCUAGUUCAAAAAGACGCAAGCGUCAAUCAAUUGAUCAAGAAGAAGAGCAAUUAAAGGAAUUUUAUCUCAAUCAAAAUGGUGAAUUAUUUCAAUUGAAUGAAGAAUGGGAGAAAGAACAAUACCGAGGAAAGAAUAAAAUAUUGGUAUAUACUUUUUAG